GCGGUGCUCGAAGAAUGGGGGCGGCGGAGGCGAACGGAGCAGAGCAGAACUCGUCUGCUACGGAGACGGAACACGUGGAGGCCUUGCUUGAGUUUUUUGUUCAUCUUCUUGAUCAAUUGGGCUGUAAUUCAUCAAUUUUAGGUCAUUUCUGUCUUCUUCUGGUCAUUUCACUUCUUUUCAAUGGCUAAUUCAUGGCCUUCUGAUUAUCAUCAAGGAUACAAUCAAGGGAUACAACAAGGUGCUGUUUGUUUUUUCUGAGCCAAAAUGUCUACAGUAAAAGAGGCUGCUAGAUAUAAUGAUAUUGACGAUGUUAUAAGCUUAGCUGCUGUUGGGGUUUCUCUUGAUUCCAAGGAUGCAGAAGGGAGGACAGCACUUCAUAUGGCUUCAGCAAAUGGAAAUGUUGAUAUAGUCAACUAUCUUAUCAACAAUAAAGUGGAAGUCAAUGCUUUUAAUGUUGAAAAUAACACGCCUCUUCAUUGGGCAUGCCUGAAUGGCCACAUCGAGGUUGUUAACAUAUUGAUUCUAGCUGGAGCAGAUGUAUCAAGCUUAAACAGACAUGAAAGGACUCCUGUGGAUGAAGCUGCAAUUGGUGGAAAAAUGGAUGUCAUUGAUGCCAUCAACACAGCAGUUGCACAAAUGGAACUCACAAGAGCAAGUGUUUGAAAACGAAUGAUAUUGUUUAAUUUUUGUAGUUUUUUAAUUUCAUAGUCUCCUUAUUGUAUACAAUAAAUUGAAUUAAGUUGCAUUAUUUUUGAGUGCUAGUGUUAUCUAUGAAAAACUCAUGUGGGGUUUGGACU